AUGUACGAAAAGAUUGACGCCCAAGUCAGGAACCUUCUAGACAAAGGAUACACGGUUAAGCUAUCCAAGGAGGAAACCUGCCGUGAGAACAGCCGUACGUGGUAUCUGCCGAUAUUCAUAGCGCGAAAUCCAAAUAAGCCGAGUAAGCUAAGGCUGGUAUGGGAUGCAGCCGCGAAGUCACGCGGAUGUGCACUGAAUGACUACUUACUUAAGGGACCAGAUUGCCUGAACCCACUCAUAGAGGUCUUACUAGCCUUUCGUGUCAACAAGAUUGCGAUUUGCGGAGACAUUGCGGAAAUGUUUCACAGGAUCAACAUCCGCGAGGAGGAUAUGCACGCGCAACGAUUCUUAUGGUAUGACAGAAGCAGCGAUAAAGUAGAAACCUAUCUUAUGCGGGCUAUGACGUUUGGGAUCAGUUGCGCACCAUUCAUCGCUCACUUCGUUCGAGAUAAAAAUGCAGAAGCCCAUCAAGAAGAUUUCCCAUUGGCCUUAAACGUCAUCCAAAAGGCGCACUACGUCGACGACUACAUCGAUAGCAUGAGAAACGAACAGGAGGCCAUCCAGACCACCAGACAAGUCAUAGAGGUUCAUCGAAGAGGCGGAUUCGAGAUCCGCAACUGGUCUUCUAAUUCAAAAGAAGUCCUUAAGAGCUUGCAAAGUAAUGGCAAUGUUGGUAGCCAAGAACCGGUGGAUUUUUGUUCGACUGAAAAGAUACUUGGUAUGUCCUGGGACCCACAUAAGGAUGUGUUUAAGUUUCUCUGCAGAUUUGCAAGGCUGAAACGCGACGUCCUGGCAGAAAACGUAGUCCCGACCAAGCGAGAAGUUCUGCAAGUCCUUAUGUCGAUCUUCGAUCCAUUAGGAUUCUUGUCGUGCUACACGAUUGGGCUGAAAAUACUUCUCCAGCGUAUAUGGCGGCUAAAUAUCGACUGGGAUCAGGAGCUGCCCGAGAAGAUUCUGGAAGACUGGCGCCUUUGGAAAACUCUUUUAGGACAGAUCAGGAUUUUCGAGGUGCCUAGAUGCUUUUCCCCAGACGCAUCAGAUCCACGUCAAACGGAGCUCCACACAUUCGUCGACGCCAGCGAGUAUGCGUAUUCUGCUGUCUGCUACUUGCGUGUAGCAAUGGAUGCCAAAGUCGACGUCUCUUUGGUGAUAGCGAAGUCGAAGGUGGCACCUUUAAAACCACUCUCGAUUCCGCGUAUGGAGCUGCAGGCAGCAGUUAUGGGAGCACGCUUAGCCUACAAGGUGAUGAGCACGCGCAACCUGCGAAUCGACAACGCCACAUACUGGUCAGAUUCAAAGACAGUACUGCAGUGGCUAACUAUGGACCCCCGUAACAUUCAUCAGUUCGUGAUGUACAGAGUCGCCGAAAUCCUGGAAACAACGCAAGUCGAGCAAUGGCGGUGGGUACCUUCGAAGCUGAACGUAGCAGACGGAGCUACAAAGAUCACCGACCAAACCCAGCAGAAGACGUGGAUAACGGGGCCUGGGUUCCUAAAAGCUGAAUCCAGCCAUUGGCCAACAUCGACAAAGCAGGAGAGCAUCAUCGAUACUUCAGAAAUACGGAAGCAUGUGAUGACAACGUGUGCGAGAUCAGCGGUUAUGUUCAAUGCGCACCAUUUCUCGAGCUGGCGGCGGUUGUAUAGAGCAGUGGCGAUAAUAUUCCUGUUCGUCGAUCGGUUACGAGCGAAAUGCGCCAAGCAAGACAUGCCAACAGCCGCGACGAUGGGCCAUGUGAGGAAAGCGAAAAUACUACUUUAUAAGCAAUCCCAAGCCAUCGCCUUCGCCGAAGAGUUGAAAGUGCUAUCCGUGGGAGCGACGCUGCACAAAGGAAACAGAUUGGUCGGAUUGAACGACUAUGUAGACAACGAUGGAGUACUGCGGACUAGAGGCAGACUGAACUCAAUUGACACAGCUGAAGACGCAAUUAUACUAGCUCCAGGAUGCCGGAUAACUAACCUAAUAGCGAGGAGUUUUCACGAGAAGUACCAUCAUCUUGCUCACGAGACUGCAAUAAACGACAUCAAGGCUUCGUUUUACAUCAGCCGCCUCCGAGUCUCCCAGACCACCCCAGAUGGCACCGAUUCCGAGAGCGAGAAUAGGAAGCUUCUAGAGACCUACACAGGCGUCGAUUAUUUUGGCCCGUUAUUGGUGAACGUCGGCAGGCGCAAGGAGAAGAGAUGGGUAGCUCUGUUCACCUGCCUCACGUUGCGCGCGGUGCAUUUCGAGAUCGCCUAUAGUCUUGACACAAGUUCAUGCAUCAUGUGCCUCUCCAAUUUUAUGGCACUUCGAGGGACUCCAAAGGAAAUAUUCUCAGACAAUGGUACAAACUUCAGAGCCACGGAAAAAGCCGUGCGAGAAGAGCUGAAAAAGAUCGAGCACGAUAAGAUCACCAUUAAGUUCGAUGGCAUAAAGUGGCGAUUCAACCCACCAGGAGCACCACACUUGGGUGGAGCAUGGGAGAGACUUGUCCGUACAACAAAAGGAAUUUUGAAAAACAUCUGCCCAAGUUACUCCUUCAACGACGAGGGCCUGAGAAACGCCUUGAUGGAGGCACAAUUUAUCAUCAACUCGCGACCGCUCACGUUCGUAAGUCUGAACACUGAGGAUGACGCCGCUCUGACCCCGAACCACCUACUGUUGGGGUCAGCGAAUGGAUACAAGCCACUGCCAAAAGAAGGGAUGAAUCUGCAGCGUAGAUGGAUUGAGACUCAGCGCUUCGGGGACCGUUUUUGGCAGCGAUGGAUUAAAGAGUAUGCGCCCGUAUUAACCAGGCGCACCGAAUGGUUCGAGAAGGUACCUCCCAUAACCAUUGGGAGCAUCGUAGUCAUCGUAGAUGAGCUUCUACCCAGGAACUUGUGGCUAAAGGGACGAGUGAUCGACACAAUGAUGGCCAAGGAUGGACAAGUUCGACGAGUAACUAUAAAGACCCAGCACGGCGUUUUGGAAAGACCAGCAACGAAGAUAGCUGUUUUGGACGUCGGCUUGGAGGAUGGUAACUGA